CUCCGCUUCUCUCGGGCAACGCUGGGGCCCGUCCCCGCCCCGCCAUGGCGCCUGAGGAGAGCGCUGAGGCUGCGCCCCUGCUGCGAAGUUUCGAGCGCCGCUUCUUGGCGGCGCGCGCCCUGAGCUCUUUCCCCUGGCAGAAAAGAAGUUGACAGCAGCAUUGGAACACUCAGACCUGGGAGACAGACAACCUGCUUUGAAUUCUGGCCCUGCCCCACCCCACACAAGCUGUGUGACCUUGGAGCCUAGAAGAGAAAUUAAGGGACUCAUCAGGUUCUGAGCUGCUGCUGGAUAUUUUGCAGAAGACCGUGAAGCAUCCUCUGUGCAUGAAGCAUCCACCCUCAGUGAAGUAUGCCUGGAGUUUUCUCUCAGAGCUCAUCAGAAAGCACGAGGCUAUCCACACGGAGCCUUUGGACGAGCUGUACGAGGCGUUGGCGGAGGUCCUGACGGCCGAGGAGCCCACCCAGUGCCACCGGAGCUACCUGCUGCCCUCCGGGGACUCUAUCACACUCUGCGAGAGCACGGCCAUCAUUUCCCACGGCACCACGGGCCUGGUCACGUGGAAUGCCGCGCUUUACCUGGCAGAGUGGGCCAUGGAGAACCCAGCGGGCUUUGCUCACAGGACUGUCUUAGAGCUUGGCAGUGGAGCCGGCCUCACGGGCCUGGCCAUUUGCAAGAUGUGCCGGCCCAGAGCAUACGUCUUCAGCGACUGUCACAGCCAUGUCCUCGAGCAGCUCCAAGGGAACGUCCUUCUCAACGGCCUCUCAUUGGAGCCAAAUGUCGCCGCCCUGGCCCAGCACCCAGAACACGACACCGCCGAUGCAGAGAGCCCCAGGGUGAUGGUGGCCCGGGUGGACUGGGAUGUUGUGACGGUCCCUCAGCUUGCUGCCUUCCAGCCGGACAUCGUCAUUGCCGCAGAUGUGCUAUAUUGCCCAGAAACUGUCCUCUCCCUGGUCGGGGUCCUGCAGAAGCUCUCUGCCUGCCAGAAGGACCAGCGGAUUCCUGACGCCUACGUUGCCUUCACCAUCCGCAACCCGGAGACAUGUCAGCUGUUCACCACGGAGCUGGGCCGGGCUGGAAUCCCGUGGGAAGAAGUGCCUCGUCACGACCAGAAACUGUUUCCCUACGAAGAGCACUCGGAGAUGGCAAUUCUGAAACUAAUGCUGUAGAUUUAUAAAUGGUUUUGAAGAAUAAUGUGAAAAUUAAAUCACUGUUCUGGAAAGAAUGUGAUAAAACUUGCACUGGACUUGAAUGUUUGAAGAAUGUUAAAUUCUGAAUCGGGAACCACAAACUGUUCGAAUAAAAUAUAAACUGUUCAAGCGUGUAGACCCCUCUCUGCCAGCUGGCUUAGUCCUUAAGAAAAUCACCAUAAAUCAGAAAUGAAAUUUUUGGCUCAGAGAUAAGCAUUUCAUUCGCGCAAAUAAAAAAACAAA